CAUCGAAGAUCCUCCAUGUUCAGCAGGUAUAUAAGGACGAGACUCAAAGAGCGUCGUUCCUUGCGUCUUUCCCAUUCUCUGCCAUUUAAAUGUCUCUGGGGUCUUCCACAGAGAGCAGCAUACCAUCCUCUGGUACUCCAAUUCAGGGAUUUGUCAGUCUUGCAGAUACCUCCUAGCUGAGAGAACUAGAGAGAGGGGUUGGGGUUUCUUGGAGCUUCUCAAUCUGUAGAAAAGAAGAUGGAGGACAGGUAUGGCUACUACUACCAAGGCAGUGGACUGUGGAGGUCACUGCGGGACGGCGACUUCGAAGAAGAAGAGGUUUGGGAGGUCCUCAACGGCAAGCAAGACUCUAAUAAUUCCAAAAUUUGGGCUUCAGGUGAACGACCCAGAAGCUCGUUCUCAAGGAAACACCCACCCACUGCCCCGAAAACGAUCUCGAGGCCAAGUGGCGGCGGCGGCGGCGGCAGCAGCAGCUCAACCCCCGAGGCAGCAGCCAGACCUGUGCAGCAGUCAGCACCGGUCAACAUUCCAUACUGGUCAAACUUGCAGAGGCAAAAGUCGAAGAAAACUUCUUCGAAUUCAAAGAGCACGAGGGAUUGGGACGAGGAAGACGGAGGCGACUCGAGCGACGGCGACGCGGUCGACAGCGAGAGAGGCGGCGAGAGCGAGGAGGAAGACGAGGACGAGAGCUAUUGCAAGAUGCCCCCGCACGAGCUCAUUGCAGUGAGGCUGGCCAGGAGUCACAUUUCGUCCUUCUCGGUGUUCGAAGGGGCGGGGAGGACCCUCAAAGGGAGGGACCUCAGCAAGGUGAGGAACGCUGUUUUGACGAGAACCGGCUUUCUCGAGUCGCCAUGAUGAAUCGCGGGCUCGAGACAUUGAUCGUGGCCGUGCGUGUCGAAUGUGUAUAGGUACGAUGUCGUAGUCUUCUGUACAGGGUUUGUGAUUGGGUCUGUAGCCUCAUCUUUGUCAUGAGAGAGAUGUCAACUUGGCUUUGUUGGGAAAGAAAAAAGAUGUGAAUACUCUCUUCUUUAAUGGUCUGUGCUGGGUUUUCGUAAAACCCCCUUUCAGCUC